UCUAUUAAUAAUAAUUUUGGUGGGUUUGGUUUCAAAAUGGCGACCUUAGUGAAGGCUCAGAGUAAGGCCAUGACUAGCUCUACGGCUCCUGAUAUUGCUGCCAUGACCUGGUUAGAAGCAGCAGAACACAUCCUCAAACAGGAAGGACCAGAAAUGCACAUUAAGGACCUAACGGAGAGGGUUAUGAACCUUGGAAUGGUCAAUUCUCAUUGUAGGACGAGCUUAGAAACUCUCCUCUACAGACAAUCUCAUAAACCUCAUUCCAAAUUUAAAAGAGUCAUAGGGAGGAUGGGCUGGUUUAAAUUAUCUAACAGUGUCAUAGCUGAGAACAACCUUUCGCAAUCAUUGAACUGUUGCGAUGAAGAAGAAGAGGCAAUGAUGCCAAAGUCAGUGAUAGUCCACAAGCGUAAGAGCAAAGUGAUACGGAGAGAGGAGGAAUACGGUGACUGUAAUCGUGAGCCUGACUCCGAUGAGUCUGACAGUUCUUAUUCCAGCACCUCCGACGAUGAGGAUGACGAUGAUUGGUCGAUGAAGUAUCGGCACAUCAAAGGAUUCGCUAAAAGGUUGAUUAUGACUAACGUUUCAUUAGCUAGCGAAUUACAAUCACUCGAAAACGAAAUAUCUAAAAGUCAACAAGAGAAGAAGUAUCUUUUGGAAAGACUCAUUAAUAAACAAAGUAAUGCAAGAACAACAACAACAACAAACAAACAAGAUCAGUCCAAACAAGCUACUCCAGUUGGAGGAGGAGGAGGAGCUACUAGUGUUAAAGUACCCACCACACCUAGUAAUAGUAAUAGAUUAAAGAGGCCACUUCCAUCCUCACCACCUGUUUCUCAUAAACCACACCCAUUAACUACCCCGCCCACCAGAUCUUCUGAACAGCGUCUGAUAUACAACGCUAUAUCGGAACCAAGGGACCUCUUCUCCACCAGUUCCAGCUCCAGUAAUGAAGAGGAGGAAGCAGCUGCUGGUAAAAGAACAGGAAGAGCUUUAAAAGAAGGGACUACUAAACAGAACAAAGCAAGCAAGGAAGAAUCAAUAGGUACAGGAGGUGGUGGGCGGAAGAAGAGGGUGAGACGGUUACAAGCAAUCCCAUUGCAUGAAGAUGGGUCUCCUGUAUUUCCAAUCAAACUAGGUGGACUCCAAGUACAUUCUCUUGGAAAGGUGGUAUGGGAUCGACCCUCCUUUCAUAACGAGAGGUACAUUUGGCCAUUAGGUUUCAAGAGCACUAGAAGUUACCCAAGCAUGACCAACCCUUCAAGAAGAUGUCUCUAUACCUGCCAUAUAUUAGACGGAAAGGAUGGGCCCAUUUUUGAAAUGGUUUCUGAGGAAAGUCCAGACUCUCCGAUUCGAGCUUCUUCUGCAACCGCUUGUCACCACAUAGUACUGAAAGCAAUCAAUGAAGCUCGAGACAAGCAGGCCACAAAUGCUGGCUCAGGUCCAGAAUUCUUUGGCUUCUCCCAUCCAUCGAUUCUUAAUUUGAUCCAGCUGCUCCCUGAUGCUGAUAAAUGUACUAAGUACAAGCCGACCAUAUUCCAACAGCCCCUCACUCGUGGGAAGGCCCAUCAGCCACUACCCACCUCAACCGAUCAUAAGAAACCUUUGCUCUCGUCGUCUGCAAAGAAAAAAGAGAAACCGAUUCCAGAUUCGUCCCUGGUAGGAGGAGCCCCUUUGACUGUUGGUGGGGGUACGAGUGAUCCUAGCUUAGCCCCUGUCGUUAACCAGCUAAUUAGUUAUUUGUCGUCAGACAGUGACUCUAAUAGCAACGAAUACGAACAUGAAUUAGUUAUUGAUACUAGCAAUAGUAAUCGGAAUUAAAUUAAUAAUUCAUUGAUUAUUAUUAAUUAUACAGCUCAUUAUU